AUGGGCGGUGAGGUUCACUGGGACUUGUUUGACAAUCAACACAGGUGUGUGUGUGUGUGUGUGUGUGUGUGUGUGUGUGUGUGUGUGUGUGUGUGUGUGUGUGUGUGUGUGUGUGUCUUGUGAGCCCUGCCAGAUCACACCAGUGUUAAUUCAGUAUAUUAGUCAGAUUUCAUGGAACAGUAAAAGAUCAGAGUCCUCUCUGUUCUCCUCAGUAAGAUGGUUAACUUCAUCUAAUGGAAACACAAACUAGAAAAUUACAUUUGGAGUGGGACGAGUCUCCCUCAGGGAGAGAGGGAGCUUUUUUCAGAAAGUUGAAGCUUGGAAUACAUGUAUAACAAGGUUUUAUUGGUGUCUACUCCACAAACCUAAUUUGGUCGUUCUCUUUCGGUAAGUUUCCGUAGACUUUCGGUUGAAGCAGAUGCACCUCCCCUUACUGCAAUCAUCGACUUCCGUCUUCUUUCGUAUGCCUCCUUAAACACGGUCAUAUAAAGGCUUUAUUUGCUUUAAAGCACAGGAGGCUGCUGAGGGGAGAACGGCUCAUAAUAAUGGCGCGAAUGGCAUCAAACACCUGGAAACCAUGUGUUUGAUACCAUUCCACACUUCCCGCUCCAGUCAUUAACACGAGCCCGUUCUCCCCAAUUAAGGUGCCACCAACCUCCUGUGCUUUAAAGUGUCUACUCUACAACACUAAUUUGGUCUAUCUCUCUCUCAGGAUGUUAGUCCUGCUGUACUUCCUCUUUACCUUCGCCUCAUUGGCUGCUUCAGUGGGGCAGACAGGAAGUGGAAAAGGAUGUGAGGCGGGCGCUGCGGCCCCCAUUCCGGUGCUGCUGGUGUCGUUUGAUGGUUUCAGAGCCGACUACCUUCAACGGUUCCCUCUACCCAACCUAAAGCAGCUGUACUCGCAGGGAGUCCUGGUGGAACAGAUUACUAAUGUCUUCAUCACCAAGACCUUCCCUAACCACUACAGCCUGGUAAUGUAUAACCUUUUACCCCUGAGCUCUAACCCCUUGUGAGUUAUCGAGGGGAUGGUGUACUACAAACAUUUAAAAAAUGGAAUACCCAAAAAGCCUACUAAAUAGGUAGUAUGGGAAUUCGAUCACAUCUGAAUUCUAGCCAGCAGUUUGUACGACCCCUAAAUUCUAACCUCUAUGCCCUCCAGGUGACAGGUCUGUAUGCAGAGUCUCAUGGCGUCGUAGCUAGCAAUAUGUAUGACCACGUGACUCAGAAGCAUUUCACUACCUUCAACGACACCGACCCUUUCUGGUGGAAUGAAGCCGCACCCCUCUGGGUCACUGCGCUGGAUUGUGGGUACAAGACGGGCGUGGCCAUGUGGCCGGGGUCAGACGUGCCGAUCAGGAACAGAACAGCGACUCACUUCAUGCCCUACAACCCCUCCGUGACCUUUAGUCAACGCCUGGCCAAUGUCACUCACUGGCUGACUGGGGUAUGUAACCUCUGACCCAUAAUCCCAGUUAUUGUUUUCACUGAGUACUGCUUUCAGAGAUGGAAGAGGAAGUGAGACAUCCCACUCCCUAAUCUUUUCUGGUUCAUAUACAGUCAAUGAAUUGAGCAGACCAGUCCCAGCUGCUAUCGCAUUGGUGUCUAUGGGACAGCAACCCCUUAAGCAGACCGGAACUGUGACACAUUUUUUCAAUGGUAAAUGGCCUGAAUAAGUUAUCUUCAUUCAUCCACCAUCUUUGCUGCUUUUAUGUUUUGCCUCCAUUCCUCUCUCUCCAGGGCCAGGGUAAUGGGGAGGGGCCAGUAUCGUUUGCAGCUCUGUACUGGGAGGAGCCAGACAGGACAGGUCACAAAUAUGGACCAGACAACACCACCCACAUAGGACAGGCUCUUAAAGAGGUACUGUACGUGUGUGUGUGUAACACAAUAUUACAUUGCAUUAUGUGGCGCAGUGGUCUAAGGCACUGCAUCGCAGUGCUAGCUGUGCCACUAGAGAUCCUGGUUCAAAUCCAGGCUCUGUCAUAGCCGGCCGCGACCGGGAGACCCAUGGGGCGGCACACAAUUGGCCCAGCGUCGUCCAGGGUAUGGGAGGGAAUGGCCGGCAGGGAUGUAGCUCAGUUGGUAGAGCAUGGCGUUUGCAACGCCAGGGUUGUGGGUUCGUUUCCCACGGGGGGCCAGUAUGAAAAAAUUAAAAAUAAUAAUAAUGUAUGCACUCACUAACUGUAAGUUGCUCUGGAUAAGAGCGUCUGCUAAAUGACUAAAAUGUAAAUGUAAUUAUAUUGUGCUCAGUUCUGCUGAUUUUGAUCUGUAUGGGUUUGUGUGUGUGUGACGUGUCUUAACAGGUAGAUGACAAUGUGGGUCUGCUGAUGUCAGAGCUGAAGCAUGCAGGGUUGUGGGGGCAUGUCAACGUCAUAAUCACCAGCGACCACGGAAUGGCCCAGUGUUCUGCUGAUCGCAUCAUCAGACUGGAUGACUGUCUGCACCCUGACAACUACUCAGUAAUAGACCUAACCCCUAUCGCUGCUAUCAUACCCAACGGAGGUACACACACACACACACACACACACACACACACACACACUUGCUAUGAGUGAGACGUUUGUGACUGGUUAAAGGAGAGGUUGCUUAAUGUGUGUGUGUGUGUGUCUCAGACCCCGAGGCUGUGUUUUCCCUUCUGAGUGGUUGCCAUACCCACAUGACUGCGUACCUGAAGAAGGACAUUCCUGAUAGGCUGCACUACAGGAACAAUGACAGGAUUCAACCAAUCAUAUUAGUCGCUGACGAGGGAUGGACUAUCGUACAGAGAGGAGGGCUACCACGUCGUAAGGCUGUUACACAUGACCCCCCCCACACACACACACACACACACACACACACACACAUACACAACUAACCCUCUGUCUGUGUGUGUACCCUCUAGUGGGAGACCACGGCUAUGACAACACUCUACCCAGCAUGCACCCCUUCCUGGUGGCAGUGGGCCCAGGUUUCCUUCCUGGUUACCGUCUCCCGCUGUUACAGAGUGUUGAUGUCUACCCAAUAAUGUGUCAGCUGCUAGGGGUGCCACCAGCGCCAAACAACGGAUCUCUGUCCCAGGCACGCUGCUUCCUGGCUGGGGAGGACUGUGUUGACAUCCCCCUGGUGGUGGGACUGGUGUUGGGGGUACUGCUGGUUCUCAUCACACUCACUGGUCAGUCUGCGGUAUUGCUUGUAAUAUAUACGUUACGUUAUUAUCAUGUUUUAAGUGAACUAUGUAGUUUUUGAUAUUGCCGAAAGAGAGAGAAGGAGCACUUGUUAUAUUUUAGAUUUUGUCAUUGACUUUAAUAUUUGACUUUUUAUUAUUGAUAUUGAAAUUUGUACUGCACUGUUGAGGAGAGCUUGCAAGUAAGCAUUUCACUGUACCGUUUACACCUGCUGUAUCCUCUUACACGUGACGAAUAAACUUUGAUUUGAUCUCUCUCUCUCUCUCUCUCAGGACUGUUCAUGUUGUGGAGGCCACGGCGUCAGUCAUCCUCUCGUCCCUUCCAACGCCUCUCAAUACAGGACGAUGAUGAUGACGACCCUCUGCUGGACUAGAGUAAUCAGCUCCCAGCUUUACUAGACUGAACAACCACAGAUCAGUACGUCAUAUCACAUCCAACCAGAGAUCAUCACCACCACGCUCCCAACAACCAAUCGGUACUCUGGUCAAACGUUUUUCACUAAAUAGGGAAGAGAGUGUCAUUUCAGACACAGCCAUACUCUGUUUUAAGACUAAACAGAGCGGUUGUCAGAUUUCAGAUUCACACACUCCUCUUUCUCUGUGGUACCAUACUCAUGACGUAUUCAAAUAAAUGCAUGAACUAUCAAUAAACAAAUAUUGAACCAUAAAUAGAUAAUAAGACACCAAAGGGAACAGUUAUUUGGUAGAAACAAACUGGGGUUACUUGAAUAUGUCUAUAUACAGAGAAGCCACCUAUAAUGAUAUAACAUGUUAUAUAUGUGAAGAAAUGCUCUGUUAAUUUGUAAAGAUUUGCAAGACAAUCAUAAAAAGAAGAAUACAUUUUUAUGUUUGCUAAAAGAGAUUCUAGUAAAGGGAGGUAAAUCUGAAUAUUGAAGAGUAUAUUUCAUAAGAGUACUGCUAUAUUGCAGUAGUAUAUUGCAGUAGUAGUUAUUGUUUGAACAGCAGUCAUGCUGUAAAGUUGUUAUAUAGGUUUUAUUAAGGGUUUUAUUAGAUAAUCUGUAGACUACUAAGCCAGGGAGUGGUGUCAGAAACCGGAGUGAAGCUAUGUUUCUG